AUGAAGAUUCAAGGUGAGACUCCAAAAAAUAGUGAAGUGAGUUCGAAGGUGAUAGAUAUAGGAAAUAUUGAAGAUUCUAUAAGUGCUUCAUGUGCUACUGACACAAUACAGGAUACCUCUUUAGGCACGCCAGAGAAUGUUGCUGACUAUUGUACUGCAAAUGAUGCUGUUAGUGGUGGAUGUUCAUCCAUAAAUGCUUGCUUUAAUGCUUCUUCAUCACCUCUAGUAGACUCCUUUACGCUUCCCUCAUCCUCAAGAUUAAAUCCGAUUAUAGGAGGAUAUUUAGAUAAGCUAAGUCCCACAGCAUUUAAAGGAUUUCAGAAGAGAUAUUUUCGUUUAAAUGUUGUUGAUAGUGCACUUUUAUAUUGGAGGGAGGAACCAACAUAUAGUGACCAGCAACCUCAAGGAUGUAUUAAUUUAUCAAGUGUAAAGGCUAUUCAUAUAGAAGAUGCACUGCACUUUGUAAUUAGGACUCAAGGUAGAGAUUACUGCCUUCGUGCCUUAGCUCCUGGAGAUAAAGAUAUUUGGCUUGAAUCUAUAUGUACCAUAGUGAAUGUUGUGGCUCAUAGAGAAGCACUAAAAGAAGCUAAAGCUCAAUAUGAUUUUAGUCGUCUUUUACUAGAUAAUUCGAGUGGUUUACAAACAAGUUUAAUUGAGGCAUUUAAGACACAAAGGAAGAUAAAGUGGGUAAAGGAAGAUAGAGUACCAUUGACUUUUUCUGUUAGAGGAAAGAAGUUAUUUCUUCACGUAAAAAAUAUUCAGAAACCUUUAUCACAAUUAUGGUUUGAUUAUGUUUUCCGUAUUAGAUAUACAAAUAAGGCAUAUGAGACUAUUUCAAAGCCAAUACAGAGAAGUUCUUCAUUUUGCUUAUCAUCAUCUAGUUUAUCUUUAGAUGAGAUUUUGUCAUCCCAAAGGCAAUCUAGACAAGCAUAUUUUUAUGGUACAUAUCGUGGUCAGCAGAUACGCCUGAGGACAGAGAAGAUGUAUAAUAACUUUGGCAGUAAUAGUAAUAAGAAUGUUUCAAAUAAUAACAGUGUCAAUGGUGAUACUACUCUAAUAUCUAAUAAUUUAACAUCACCUAUUCCAGAAUAUUUCCAAUCAAUAGAUUUGAGAGCUUUAAACUUUUUGCGGGCUCGCACUUAUCUAGAUAAUGUACUUUUUGGAGCACUUGAUAUUGAAGUUGGACCAAUUCCAGUUGAAUCUGUGAAUAAUACAGAUAACUAUAAUAAUGGUCUGAGUAGUUGUUCUUCUGUUCCACUAGUGCCAAUGCAGAAAUAUUUUGCACUACUCAUUUCUUCAAGACCAAUAGCAAAUAAUGAAGCAUUUUUCCCUUUACCUAACAAUUUCAUUAUUCAAUCGGGUAAUAAAUUAGCUGAUGAAACAAUAAAUAAUAGCCAAAUUGGCAGUGAAGAGUUACCAUUUGGAAUGCAAUUGGACUGUUUAUAUUUAUUUUCUCCUGAAUAUGAUGAUAAUCCUCCAUUAUAUGUUAUUGAAUUAGAUAAUAUACAAUUAUCUAGUAAGAUACGUGAAAUACAAUCUGGAUUUCAAUUUAGGUUACAGGUUCCUUUACAAAAUAUUCUAGUAUUUUUACCAGCCAAGCAAGAAUUACAUUUUGGUAGUGUUAGUACGAAUACUGAGUGUGUCGGUUCAUUAACACCAGCAGAUAACUUAAACAAUGAAGUAGUUUUAUCAAAUGAAUCGGAAUCCAAUGAUGGUAGCCACUCAUCAAGUGUUACUGUAAAUCAUAUGAAUAAUAAUAAUAAAUCUAGUCAUUUAAAUACACCUGUGAUAUCUACAACUAAAUUAUCACCACCUAUUGCUACUGGAGCAUCUCAUCAAGCUAUUCUCCCAAUUUCCUCAAUUUGCAACUUAACAUCAAAUUUACCUACUUCAGCUACAAGCAAUAUUACGACAAAUAAUCCAAGUAUAUUAAACCAAUCGAAUGAGAAGAUUUCUAUUCGUAUUAUUUCAAUAUUUGGACCUGAUGCAGAAAUUUGGAGAGAAUCAUUAGUUGCAAGUUGCAGAGCUCGUCAUGCUAUUAGAGAACAGCGAAUGAGAACUCUAUAUGACGAAUUAAGAGCUUAUGAUAGUAUCCCUAAAGAAAUACUUGAACAGAAUAUAGAACAACUUUUAUAUCGCACAAUGUUGUAUAUUUAUAACAAUACCUCGAAUUUAGAUAAAGAAAUGGGUUUUAAAAGAGUCUCAUCUUUUAUUGGGAUACUUAAUGACAACUUCAUAAGAAAUGCUGACAAUAUUUCUUUGAUGAAACUUACUAAUCUUGUUGCAUGUAGUUUUGCCACAAUACCAAUUGCAAAGGUACUACAAGGAUUAGAUGUAUUUAAUACAACUAGUAUUGAUUUGUUACAAGCAUCUCAUAGAUCUUUAGGAACUCCUAGAGUUGAUAUUCUACGAUUUAUCCGUGAAAAGUACUUAUUACCUAUAUUUGAAAUGUUAUACAAGUGUUACAAGGAGCGCUAUGAAAUUUUCAGCGAACUAGAUAUACUAUUGAUUUUGGAAUUUUUGGCUGAUAUGCAAUUUUCUUAUGAAUCUUAUGGAAUCUUUGAUUCUUUAUUUCAAUAUUAUAUUAUUUCAUUCUCUGAUAUAUAUAUUAGGAAAAUCAUUAAACAAUAUUAUUGUACACUCUUUCAUAUAAUUGAUGAUACUUGCUCUCUAGGGAAGACAAAUAGAGAUAAGGAUACUGGGACUUUAUCAAUAUCUUUAUUCAGUGAUCUUUUCAGUAUUUUGAUUUGUAUGGCAAAUUCAUUUUCAACAUUACAAAUGUAUUAUAAUUCUUCAUAUAUUCGUAAUAUGGUAUUUUCUAUUAUUCAACAAACAUUAUUAUUAUAUCAGCUUGCUAUGAGGGAUGUUGUAUUACUUAAUAUAUGUACAUUAACUGAAUUUGAUAUUAUCAAUAUGCAAAAUACGAGUAAUACUGAUAAAUUCAACCUAUCAAGUACCACUUGUACUUGGAACGAACUUGAUUUCGAUAAUUAUCCUUGCUUCAAUUUCCAUAUUCAAGAUUACUUAAAUAUAGAAACUGAAAGUAGUAAUUUUAAGGCAAAUUGUGAAGGUAUUGGAAUUACUACUGAAGUUCUUUGUGGCCUUUUGAAUGGAAUUGAGGAUUAUAUACACAGGUGCGAUGAAUUAGAUCAAAUAUUGGAACGUUGGAUGCCUUUUUUGCUUUAUAAAUAUGAGUGUGAGUAUAUGAGGGAAUAUAAUUUGCAAUCAUCCCACAUUGUAGCAAAUUACAGCUAUACACAAUCAAUUGAUAAUGAGUCUAUAGUGAAUAACAAUCAAAACAAUUCUGUAAGCAGUGUUACAAAUAGUGGUAUAAACAAUGCUAUAUUAAAUAACUCUAUUGGGAUUAACAAUGAUAUAUAUAGGAAUUUAGACUUGAUAAUUCCGAGAAAUUUAAGAAAUGAAGCGAAAAGAUUUACCUUAUUGCACAGUUUAUCAAAAAUACUUCUUACUAUAAGAGUUUGUAAAGAUUGGAAUAAUAAAUUUCAGAAUAUAUUUAUAUCAGCAAUACAACAAAAACAAGAGACACUUCUUAAUCCCAAUAUUUCCGAUAGUACUAUUAACAAAGAUGAUAAUUUGUGUAACUCAAGUACUCAAAGUAAUUUAUCCUGGCUCUCUUUAAUUUUAUCUUUUGAUAUGGACAAUUUACUGAAGGAAGCUGUUAGACCACAAUUACGUGUAUUGAAAAUGUCUCUAAAAAAAAGUAUUUUUAGUAGAGUAUCUAAGAUGAUACUGGAAUAUACUAUCCAUAGAUAUAUAAAGUUAAUUAUGUAUUUUGCUUACUAUUACUCAUCAAUUGAUAAUAAAAAUCCUAGCAUUGAAACUGGUUCUUCUAUAUCUCAAGAUGAUGAUACUACUGAAAACAAUAGUUGCGACUUGAUAGCCUCUAAGCUAUUAGAGGAUUGGGAUAUAUUUGGAAGAUUUUUCCAGGAUUGUAUGUUAGAGGAAGAUAUUCGUGAAUGUUUAAUUAUUUUGGCUGAUCUACAUGAUAUUUUAAUUGCACCAUUACCUACAGUCAACCAAAAAUGUGUUGAAUUUCAAGAAAAAUAUCGUAUAUUUGAUGUAAAUAUUUUUAUGAGAUCUGUUAUGAGAAUGCGUUGUGAGCCUAAUAUAGAGCUAUUUCGUCAUUCAUGCUCAGUAUCAUCUAUUGAUUUAGACAAUUCACUUAAUAACUCAAUAAGUACAGAUGAAGUAACACAACUUUUAAAUGUAAAUGCUAUUAAUACUGAUGGAAAUGUUGCUACAUCAUCAGAAGUGGUUGAUACAAUGGUUAAUUAUGACAAAUUUUCAUCUAUAUCAUGGGCUAAGUUGAAUCCGUGUAUGUGUAAUAAGCAAAUGAAUUCUUUGAGGAAUAUAGGUAAUUCUAUUAUUCAAAAUAUUUCCACUGUUUGUAAUAUAUCUGAGAAUGCAGACCCAACUACAAAUUUGUGUGCUAAUAUCACAACAAAUUCUGGUCUUCUUGUAGGUAAUACUAAUAUAAACUCAACAGCUAUUUCAAAUAUUUUAACAAAUUUAAAUUUUCCUAAGAAGAAAUUAAUUAAUAUGAAUCCAGAAGAGCGUAGGAUUUACUACUUGACUAAUCCAUUAAAUAAUAAUACUAAUAGUGGGUAUCUAAACCAGUUAAAUCUAGGUACUUUAAAGAGGUCAUUUUCAAUGGAGUACCCUUCAAUAGUAAAUACUGAUGACAAUAGGGAACGAAAUACAAUAACGUCAUUUUUGCUUGGGAAACUCUCUACUAGCUCACCAUCUUCAAUAAUAUUAUUGCAACAAUCUGUUUCUUUACUAACUCAGUUUCCAAUUCUUGCUGCACUUAUGGAAAAAGAUGAUCUUUGGUGGAAACAUGUAUCUAAUAUUUAUUCACAAAUCUUCAUUCCUAAAGAUUUAUUUAGUAUACCACCUAAAUCAGUUGAAUAUGUGCUUAGUAACAAUGCAGGUAUUUCAAUGAAUAACGCAACAAAUAGUAAUGACUUAUUACAAUGCCCAUUGCUGCAAUUCAAGAAGGAUAUUGAUAUAUGCAAUUUAUUGUCGAAUUCAAUGUGUGGUAAAUAUAUAAUGGAUAAGUUGUACUUUUUAUAUCCCCCUACUACUGAAGCUUGUGCUUUGUAUCAUAUAUUGGGACAUGAAAAUGAAAAGGGUGAUGAUACUGGAAUGUCAAUACGUUACCAAUAUUCAACUCAACUUGCUGGCUCAUUGAUGCUUUAUUACUCAGAAGAUAAUAGUCAUCCUAGUACUGAAAAUGUUUAUAUUAGUUGGCUCCCUUGCUAUGCAUUUGUCGAAGAUAUGACUCUUUAUAUAUAUGAUAAUACUUAUAGAUUUAAGCUUUAUGAAAUUCUCAAUAUACGCCCAUUACCCUGUGGCAGGGUAACAAGUGUAUGUAUUGAUCCUCAAGACCUCUCUAGGACUAGUUUUAUUAUUUUCUGGGGAGAUAGAGAGUCCACAGUUUCAGCUACUUCCAGCUUAUCUUCUCCUCUACCAUCUGGAUCAUGCUUAACUCAACAAUCUUCCAAUAUAUUGACAAAUAAUCCAUCGAAUUUUCUUAAUGGAAAUGAAUGUUACAUGGAAACAAAGAAUUUGUCAAUAUAUUUUCGUGCUCCAACACCACACUUGGCCUCUAUGUGGGUUUUUGAGAUUGAUUCAUUAAUCCAAAAAUCAAAGAGUAUCUGGGAUAUGAAUUUUAUUGAGAAACAAGAAAAGAAGAGAGCUUGUCAAUUUCUUCGUAAACCGAGUUCAAUAAUGCUACAUAGGUAA